GUGACAGGUCACUGGCAUUCUAUCUAUUCUACUGUGCAUUGUUUUCGUGUUUCUUCAGUGUUUUUAUUUACUGUUUUAACCAUGGAUAUAGAAGAAAGUUCAUUUUGCCGACUAUGCGCAGAUUUAACACCGAACAGCAAACUAUUCAACCUGCUCUCAGACGCGGCUCGGUGCCGGGAAGUGGUCGAAAAACUCACAAUACUGAAGCACGAUUUUGUAAACAUUUUCCGCGACCAAAGCUUGCCAAAAAACGUUUGUUUUUUGUGCUUAGACUCCUUGUACCGGGCAGUAGCGUUUGUAGAAAGAGUGGAGACCUCUCAAGCCACUUUAAAAGAUAUCUUCUCACCCCCAACAGCAGGCGAUAACUGGCCAGUUUAUGACGAAGCUAUUACAGAUCCCUUUGAAGUAGGUGGAAAUGUUAAGCCAGAAUCUAUUAGUAAUCAAAAGGAAGAUAGUGCAAAUGUGGCAGUUGUGGCUCCUUAUACUCAAAAUCUAACACAAAGUGCACCUAAUAGAGGAGAACAAAAUAAUCUUAUUAGUUAUCCAACUACAAAUGUUUCUGAAACUGCCAAUCAGACUAACCCCUUCAUGCAAUAUCAGUUAAAUACAAACAGUACUGGCAUCCAAAAUCAAGAAGGUAACAUUAACUAUGAAGGAGAAAAUAGUAUUGCAAACAUGACACCCGUCCAAUCAAUUAAUAUAACAAAAGAAAACUGCCAAAACACCACCAACCUAUACCAAGAGGAGUACAUCAGAAAAUAUGAACAACACAUAAAGCUGACAAAGAGUAUAACAAGAAAAUUACCAGGGAAAAGAAAAAAGAAACCCUUACCACUUCCCAUCCGUGAAUUGAGUAAAAUACUUGAUAAAUCUUGGACUGGAUACCCAUGGACUUGUGAUGUUUGUUUCGCAGGUUUCUACAACGUUUAUUUGCUGAGGGAACACACAAAGGCAGUGCACAUGAGGUGUUUUGCCAUGAAGUGUGUGGAUUGCUUGGAAACCACUGACUGUUAUGUCAGCUUUGUGUAUCAUGUGAGGAGUCAUAGGCCUUUUUUGAAAGACCACUGCCCCUACUGCAACUGCAGGUUCGACAAGUCUAACCAGAAGGAACACAUCAGAAUGCACUUCAACGGCCUGGAGAAGAUGUGUGACAGCUGCGGACAAACCUUCCCCAACACUGAGGAACUACAGAAACACUUGGCCAUAUUCAAGCCGCCCACGCCUAAGAGACUGGCUUCUAUAGCUAGAUUACGGCCCACGAUUAUUGAUGAUAAGACCUGCAGUGUUUGUAAUAAGGUAUUCACGACAGCCGGCAGCGCGCGCGCACACAAGCUCAUCCACUCGGAGCGCAAGAAAGAACACAUCUGUGAAGUCUGCGGCAAAGACUUCUUCAGAAAGAGCGACCUCUCCCACCACCGCCUCAUACACAACACUGCCGACCCAUACGUGUGUAAAAUAUGCAAGAAAAAAUUCGCAACUUUACAAAGACUACGUAACCACGUGUUAACCCACACAGCUGAAAAACCUUUCCAGUGUUCCGUGUGCAAAAGAAACUUUCGCUUAAAGCGGCAGAUGAAAGACCACAUGAUCAUCCACACCGGCGAAAAGCCAUUCGAGUGCAACUACUGCGGCCGCAAAUUCCGAUUUAAAACAACGCUGAAAUCGCACCAGUUGCAGCACACUGGGGAGAAGCCGUUUGUGUGUCAAAACUGCGGUCGUGAGUUUGCGAAUUGGUCGAAUUGUAAUCAGCACAUGAAGACCAAGCACGGGACUACUUUGGCCAAGCAUGUGGUCACUCCAGAGGGCAAGGUGCCCUUGAACCCUCUGACUGGUCGCGUGAAAAAGGUCAAGCCGUUUGAGGCGGUCAAAGAGUGGACGGAACAGAUACUUGAGCCGCCUAAACGGAAAAAAGCGCAGAAAUUAGGGUUGUGAAAUGAUUCCUGUUUAAGUUUGUUAGGGUUGUGAAAGUUUUUAAUAAUAUAUUCAGACCGAGUCAGGUUUCACUUUAGUUUCUAGAAUCAUAGUAAGGGUGAGGCCACACGAGCGUAAUUUUGUGAGUUGUGCGCGGGGACGAGGGGAGCGAAGUAACUUCUCCGCCCCCCUCGUCCCCGCGCAACUUUUCUGCCACGCACAACUCACAAAAUUACGCUCGUGUGGCCUCACCCUAAAGCUUCUAUAUUUUCUACCUUUGAUACAAUUAUGUAAGUAUAAGUACAUGAGAUUGUGAUUCCGUGAUAUUAUUUGUAAUUUUAUACACGUAUGUAGGUAUACGUACCUACCUAAUAUAAGAUUUUUAUAAUAUACUUCAAUUGUACCUAGAUAAACCAGUGCCUUAGAUAAUGUGUUCACAAGAAACAGUUUUAGAUUUCUGCACAAAAAAAAAUACUUAUCUACAUCAUU